AAAAAUGGAAAACUGCUUCAAAAUCUUUUAAUUUCCUUUGUAAAUAUUGAAGAGGUUUGACUAUUAAGAAAUAAACAUGCGAAGUGGACUAUUGAUGCUCGCUUUCGUUGCGGGGGCUCUUGCUGCACCAUCAGUUUCAGAAAAGAAACCUUUCGCAACGUUGCCUUUUGAUCGUUACUGGAGCUUUGAUGAGAUCACUGAAUAUUUAAAUGAAUUAACUGACGAAUUCCCAGAAAUUUAUUUACUUGAAUCAAUUGGAACAAGUCAGGAAGGCAGACCAAUUCACGGUGUAAGAGUUACUAAUGCAGAACAUCUCGGACAAGAAACACUUCCUGUAAUCCUUGUCACUGCUGGGGCAAGUGCACGUGAUUGGAUAUCUGUGAUGGCAGCAAUAAAUUUAAUACACGAAUUAGUUGAACAUUAUGAAGAUUUCCGUCUAAUUGUUGAUGAUGUUGAAUGGAUUAUCAUUCCAGUAGUCAAUCCUGAUGGCUAUGAAUACUCGAGGGGAGCAAGCCAUCGAGCAUGGAUUAAAAAUCGCUCAGUUACUGAAGGCAGUGAAUGUGUUGGUGUGAAUGUUGAACGAAACUUUGACUUCAACUUCGGUUUGCCACUCAGAGCUAACGAUGACCCAUGCAGCGAUGAAUUCCGUGGACGUUUCGCUGAUUCAGAAGAAGAAACCAUCUCCGUCCAAUUUGCUGUUGAUGCAUUUGCCCGAAUUCAACGCGCUUACAUCACUCUUAGAGCCGGUGCACCUGGUGCACAUUCUCUGAUAGCUCAUCCAUUCUCAAGCAAUAAUGAAUUAUUCCAAUCAAACUUCCAAGAGAGAAUUGGAGUUGGAAAUAUUAUGACUGACGCUAUCUGGCAAGGAAGUGGUCGUCGUUAUCGCAUAGCAAAUGAAGGAAACGUCAUGGGUUUGGCAUCGGGAACAAGUUCAGAUUAUGCAGCUGGUCGUGACAAUGUCCCACUUGCCUACACAAUCUUCACUAGAGCUGGCGGACCGAAUGGUUGGGACGUUCCUGAAAAUCAAAUUGAAGACAUUGUAAAUGAGGUCUUUUUAGCUUUUGAAGCUUUAGGUGUCUACACCGCAGGCUUGCCAGUUCCAACAGGUCAAAGAUUAACAAUGAAAAUUGGAAUAUUUUUACUUGGAUUAUUGGCAGCUGCUUUUGCAGCGCCUUCAUCGGAAGUCACUUCAGUGAAGAAGCCAUUGGGAUCGUUAGCUUUUGAUCGCUAUUGGUCAUUGGAUGAGAUUUAUGACUACAUGGCACAAUUGGAAGCUGAAUUCCCUGACAUCAGUAAAGUUGAGAUCAUGGGUGGCACCGAAGAAGGUAGACGAAUUUAUGGACUUCGUGUCACUAAUGAAGAGCAUCUCGGACAGGAAACACUUCCGAUUAUCUUUGUGACUGCUGGCACAAGUGCACGAGAUUGGAUAUCUGUGAUGGUGGCAGUUAAUCUGAUGCAUGAAUUAGUUGAACAUUACGAAGACUUCCGACACAUUGUUGAUGAUGUUGAAUGGUUUAUCUUGCCUGUUGCUAAUCCCGACGGCUAUGAAUUCUCAAGAACAGAAGGAAAUCGUGCAUGGAUUAAAAAUCGUGCUGCAAUUCCCGACAGUGAUUGCGUUGGCAUCAAUAUCGAACGAAACUUUGAUUUCAACUUCGGUUUGCCACUCAGUUCAAGUGAUGAACCUUGCAGUAGUAACUUCCGAGGGCCUUUCGGUGAUUCCGAAGAAGAAACCAAAACAAUUCAAUUCGCAGUUGACGUUUUUGCACGAAUUCAACGUGGUUACGUCACUAUUAGAAGCGGUUUAACAGGUGCAGAUACGACCAUUGCUUAUCCAUUCUCAAGUAACAAUGAAUUAUUCCAACCAAACUUCCGUGAAAGAAUUGCAGUUGGUAACAUUAUGGCAAAUGCUAUCAGGGAAGGAAGUGGAGCGACUUAUCGAGUGGCAAGUGAAGCAAAUGUCAACAAUUUAGCAUCGGGAACAAGCAACGAUUAUGCAGCUGGUCGUGACAACAUUCCACUUGCCUACACAAUCUUCACUAGGGCUGGUGGACCGAAUGGUUGGGACGUUCCCGAAGAUCAAAUUCAAGGCAUUGUCGAUGAAAUCUUCUUCGCUCUUGAAGCAAUCGGUCUUUAUACAGCUGACAUGCCACUUCCAACAGCACAAAUUUCCAUCGGUUCAACUGAUGUUGAAGCCAGUGAUUUUGGUCAAUUUCAGUCACCUCCUGGACCUACACCAGGUCCACCUUGCAUAUACGAAGGAGAAACAUAUCCAAAUGGAGCCCACGUUUACGAGGAUGGGAGCUGUAAAAAAUAUUAUUGCAACAAUGGGGAAAUAGAAUUCUAUUGGUUUAGUGACUGUGGUUACCACGAUUUAUUGUCACAAGAUGUUGACGUAAGUAAGUGUACGAAAACCUACACAGAAGGAGUUUGUUGUCCCAGAUAUGAUUGUCCACCAGAAGCUUAUCCAGAAUGAAACUUAUUUCUUAACUUAUUUUCAUUUACUAGUUGCAAAGUUUAUGAAGUUGAAGUGACAACUGAAAGUGAUGCAAAAUAUUUGAAAUCAUUUGAUGGUGAUGAAGGAUUUGAUUUUUGGUCGUUGCCUAAAAUGAUUGGAACAGUUUCAACUGUUAUGGUUAAGCCAAAGCAACAAGAAAUGUUUGAAAGAUUUCUUAAUGAGAAACAAAUGCGUUACCGAAUCUUAAUAGAUGACUUAGAAAAAUCAUUUGAAUUGGAACGUCAAGCUCAAUUGGAAAAUAUUCGAACUGAUUCUUUAAUCACAUUCGACCGAUAUUACCAACAUAGUGAGAUUAACAAAUAUCUUGAUUAUCUACAGGAAGAAUUAUUUAAUCAUUCAGCAAUUAUAGUUGAAACGGUCGGAAAAUCAUUUGAGGGACGCGAUAUUAAAAUUAUUACAAUAACGAAUGGCGAUGGUCGGAAGAAAAAUUCAAUUUUCAUCGAUGCUGGCAUUCAUGCUCGAGAAUGGAUUUCACCAGCCACUGCACUUUAUUUAAUUAAUCAACUUGUUGAUCCAACGACCGACUAUUCGAGAUUGCUGAACGAACUUGAUUUCACUAUCAUGCCGGUUGUCAACCCCGAUGGUUAUCAAUACACUCACGAUAAGAAUCGAUUGUGGCGUAAAACUCGAAGUCUCAACUCGGGACCUUGUUAUGGAACUGACGGAAAUAGAAAUUUCGAUUAUCAUUGGGGAGAAGUUGGAGCGUCCGAUCAGUCUUGUUCAGAAAUUUAUAGAGGUGUGGAAGCUUUUUCUGAAGUUGAAACUCAAUUACUUCGUAGCGCCGUCAGAGAUUUGAGAGAAAGUUGCAAAUUUUAUUUAACUUUGCAUUCGUAUGGAAAUUUAUUAUUGUAUCCUUGGGGAUGGACAAGUGAUUUACCUGAAACAUGGAGAGAUAUCGAUGAUAUCGCUAGAAUUGGAGCUGAAGCCAUUCAGAACUCGACAGGUACAACGUACACUGUUGGCAGUUCAACAAAUAUUUUAUAUGCUGCUGCCGGUGGAAGUGACGAUUACAUGUUCGCUGUCGAAAAUAUUCCCAUUUCAAUAACAAUGGAACUUCCUGGAGGUGGUGCAUUUGGUUUCGAUCCACCACCCAACAGCAUUCUUAGAAUUGUGAAGGAAUCAGCUUAUAAAACACGGUCGUCGUUUCAUGGACGAUUUUAUUCAUUAAAUAUUUGCUGUCGAAUCAUAAUGAAGACCUUAUUAGUGCUUUGCUUCGUUGUUGUUUUCAUAAACCUUUCCUUCGGUUUUGAGAACCUGAAAAACUUUAAAGUUUAUGACGUGACAUCAAAUUCGAAGAAUAUCGACGGACUUUUAGAAUGGCGAGAUGCAGAAGGAGUUGAUUUUUGGAGAGCUGGCGCUGCUGGGACGGUUUCACGUAUAGCAGUGCAACCUUUGUUACAAGACGCCUUUGAGAUGUUUUUGAAGUCAGAACAAUUUGAUUACGAAGUUUAUAUCGAAGACGUUGGUGAACUUGAACACAUUUUUGAAGAAGAUAAAGUUCGAAGAUUAAGCCGAAAAACAUCUGCAAUCGAGCCAUUGUCAUCACCCGACUUUGGAGUGUUUUGGACAUCUGAUGAGAUGGAUUUGUUCUGUCGUCGUUUAGCCAUUGAAUAUCCACAAUUUGUUGAACGUGAAGUCAUUGCAAGAUCAUUUGAGGGUCGAGAUGUUUUCGCUUUGAAAUUUUCAAUCGGUGGCUUUGGACGUAAACCGCUGAUGUUUAUUGACGGUGGAAUGCAUGCACGAGAAUGGGUCAGUCAAGCAACGUUGAUGUAUUUCAUUCACAGAAUGGUUGAAGAUCCAGUCACAAGAGUUGAAAUGCUUGGUGAAGCUGAUUGGAUUAUUAUUCCUAACUUGAAUCCAGAUGGUUACACUUGGUCUUACACUUCAAGUCGAUUGUGGAGACAAAAUCGUCAUCGAAUCAAUUCUACUUGCGUUGGUGUUGAUUUAAACAGGAAUUUCAGAUACAGUUGGAGGGCACCCAAUCCAAAUACUUGUGGCGGUUUAACCUUCCCUGGACUUACUCCACUUUCCGAAAUCGAGUCGCUUGCCUUAAACAAUUACAUGACUCAACAUCGUGCCAAUGUUCGUUUAUACAUGAGCGUUCAUAGUUUCGGUGACAUGGUCUUAUAUCCAUGGGGAUUCUCAGGGUCAUCUGGAUGGAUUUCUAAUUGGGAAGAACAUCAUCAGGUCGGUUUACUGUGGGCAAACGCUAUAAGAGAACAGACUGGAAAGGUUUAUCGUGUUGGAAACAUUGCCGAUAUUUUGGGAAAUGCUUUUGGAGCGAGUGACGAUCACAUGGCAGGAGAACAACGAGUAAACUUGGUUUAUACUCUUGAACUAACUGGCGGUGGCAUAACUGGGUUUGAUUUCCCAGAAUCGCGACUUGGAGAUUUAGUGAUUGAGUCUCCCAGUUGUUGUUUGGAUUUCGAUGAGAAUUGUAAUAAAAAUUUUACGAUGAAGUUGGUAAUUUUAUUUUCAAUUUUUUCCUUCGUGCUUGCCAAAGAUUACACAAAUUAUAAAGUGUAUGACGUAACACCUAACAGAGAACAAAUUAAAGAUUUAAAAGCAUGGGAAUUUCAAAUGGGAAUUGAUUUCUGGAUGUCUCGUGGAGUUGAUCAAACAUCAAGGAUUAUGGUGUCACCGGAAGUUGAAGAAUCUUUCGUUAAUUUCCUGAAUAAGGAAGGAAUUGAUAAUAAAUUAAUUAUUGAAGACGUUCAGUCAUCGUUGGAUAGAGAUGCGAAUUUAAUUCGACACUCGAGGUCAAAACGAAGCGCAUUUCAAGCGAAUGGUGAACCAGACUUUACACUUUUCUUAAGCUAUGAAGAAAUGGAAUCUUUCACAAUCAGUCUUGCGCAACAAUAUCCGAAUUUGGUGAAACGUGACGUUAUCGGCCGGUCUAUUGAAGGCCGCGAUAUUUUUGGAAUGAGAGUUUCAAGUGGCACAGAGUUUGGAAAGAAACCGAUAAUUUUUAUUGAUGCCGGCAUUCACGCCAGAGAAUGGGUUGGUCCACAUGUUGUUCUUUACUUACUCAAUCAAUUGGUAACAAACGCUACAGUCACGUCUGAACUUCUCGACAGAGUUGAUUGGGUAAUUGUGCCAAAUGCAAAUCCAGAUGGUUACGUUUACUCACAAUCAGAAGACAGACUUUGGCGUAAAAAUCGUCGUUAUGUUAAUUACACAUGUACUGGAAUUGAUUUAAAUCGAAAUUUUGGAUAUGUUUGGAGAUAUUCUGCAAAUAGCUGCCCAACAAUUGGAUAUCCUGGACCACAUGCUUUGUCAGAACCUGAAACUGUCGCUCUUACUUCUUACAUGGAAAGCUUCAAAUUUAAUCUUCGCUUGUAUCUGAGCACACAUUCGUACGGUGAUUACGUGCUUUGGCCUUUUGGAUUUGCUUCCAAUGUUUAUAUUAAAAAUUGGAGAGAACACGAUGAAGUUGGGAAACUUUGGGCUAAUGCGAUAAGAGCAGCUACAGGAAAAGAAUAUCGUGUAGGAAAUAGUGCUGACAUUUUAUAUACAGCUAAUGGUGCUUCUGAUGAUCAUGCUGUAGCUCAUGCGAACGCGAAUUUAGCAUACACUCUUGAGUUGACAGGUGGUGGAAGUGCAGGUUUUGAUUUUCCACAAGAUAAAGUUUACGAUUUAGCAGUAGAAACAUUCCUUGGCUAUCGCCAAUUUGGAUUCAAGAAUUUUUUAAAGAAAAUUAAACAGAAAAUGAUUUUAAAAAUAUUUUUUAUUUGGUGUUUCAAUUUCUUUCUCUUUACUUCAGCUUUGAAAGAUUACACAAAUUAUAAAAUUUAUGAUGUAACACCCGAACGUGAUCACGUGGAUGAGCUUGUGAAAUGGGAAUAUAAGGCUGAUAUUGAUUUCUUAACGAAGAAGGGCAGUGGAAAACCUUGGAGGAUUAUGGUGUCACCACAUAUCGAAGAUUCGUUUCUAGACUUUCUAUCAUCAAAUGAAAUUCAACAUAAAUUGAUUCUUGAUAACGUUGAAUCAUCAAUUCAAGAAGAAAGAAAUCUUCGAAAACGAUCAAAGAGAAAUGUUUUAUCUGAUGGAAUUAGGAACCCAAAUUUUGAGCUUUAUUGGAGUUUUGAAGAAAUGGAAACUUAUACGCUCACACUCGCGCAAUUACAUCCUAAUCUGGUCAAACGUGAAAUCAUAGGAAAGUCAAUUGAAGGUCGAGAUAUCAUUGGAUUACGAAUUUCAAGUGCUUUGGAGUUUGGAAAGAAUCCAAUAAUAUUCAUUGACGCUGGAACUCAUUCUCGAGAGUGGGUUGGUCCACAUACAGUUUUAUAUUUCAUUGAUCAACUCGUCACUAAUGCAACAGUUCGUGAUGAACUUCUUGAGAAAGUCGAUUGGGUGUUCAUUCCCAAUGUUAAUCCUGAUGGUUAUGUCUACACACAAACUGAAGACAGAUUUUGGCGGAAAAAUCGAAGACUUGUCAAUUACACAUGUACUGGAGUAGAUUUAAACAGAAAUUAUGAAUACGCAUGGAGACAAGUUCCGAACAGCUGUUCAACAUUAAACUACCCAGGAUCGCAUCCACUAUCAGAACCAGAAACUUUUGCAGUUGCAAACUACAUGAAAACAUUCAAAUAUAACUUAAAAUUGUAUUUAAGUGUUCACUCUGCGGGUCCACAAGUGUUGUGGCCAUUCGGCUUCGAUUUUGGUGUUUAUGUGAUGAAUUGGAAGGAACAUGAUUAUUUGGGUCAUUUAUGGGCAGACGAAGUUUAUUUGGCUACUGAGACAUUAUUUGAAGUGGGGAAUAGUGCAGAUAUUUUAUACACUUCUAAUGGUGCUUCUGACGACUACGCUUUAGCUUAUGCAGAUGCAAAACUUGCCUACACCAUCGAAUUACCUCCAAGUGAAUACAACCAUCACGACUAUCCACAAGACAUGGUUUUUGACCUCGUGAAGGGAAUCUUUUACGGAUAUCGUGCAAUGGGAUUGUAUAUUGGCGAGAAUUAUAAUUAACAAAGAGCUUUGAAAGUUCGUCUUGAUGGAGAGAAUGAAUUGAAAUUUUGGCUAGAGUUAAAAGAAAAAGCAAACGAAUGGGACAUUACAGUAGAGAAGGAAGCCGCGAGACUUAACACUUCGUUUGUUUUUACGUUUGGAGUUUGUAAAUGGCCAGAAAUUUAUUCUCUCAUAAAUGAGCUUGAUAUUAGCAACUACGAAGAAUUCAAUCCAAAUUCUAGAGAAAGUGUUAAUAGUCGCAGAAGAUCGUUUCUGCAUUUAGAUGCUGACACAAUCACUAAACGUUAUCUUUCUUAUGACGAAGGAAACGAAUAUAUUGAAAUACUUGCAAAGGAAAUCGAAGCGAGAAAUUCUAAAAUUUCAGUCGAAGUUAAGACUGAAGGUUUGUCUUAUGAAAAGAGAGAAAUAAAAUCUGUCACUGUAAAAUAUGCUAGCAAACCUAACAAUCCUGUAAUGAUGAUUGAAGCUGGAAUGCAUGCUCGUGAAUGGCAUGCUAGAUCGAUGGGAUUAUAUUUGCUUAGGAUAUUAUGUGAAGAAGCGGCAAUGGAUAGCAACGGAAUCAUAUUCAAUGCCACGUUUGUUAUUGUUCCAACAGCCAACCCUGAUGGUUAUGAAUACAGUCGAACAGAAGAAAGUUUAUGGCGUAAGACAAGAAGCAAAAAUCCUGAAAGCAGUUGCAUUGGAGUUGAUGGAAAUCGAAAUUUUGACAUCCAUUGGCGAAGUGGCACUGAAGAACUCAAGCCUUGUAGCAACGUUUAUCGAGGUUCAAUGCCAUUUUCAGAGGCAGAAACAAAAGUAAUUCAAAACCUUAUGGAGAAGGUUAAAAAGUCCUGUAAAAUGUACAUUUCAAUUCAUUCUUAUGGCAACACAAUUUUAUAUCCAAAUGGAUAUACAACAGCUAAGCAUGCACGAGAUAGGGAAUUAGAUCAAGUAGCUCAAGCUGCAGCUUAUGAAAUUAAAGGUCAGACUGGAACGAUUUUCAUUCCUGAUCAAUCAGGUUCUAGUUUAUAUGUUGCUGCCGGUGGAAGUGACGAUUAUGCUAUUGAUGUUAUGAAAAUUCCAUUUGCGUAUACUCUCGAACUUGGUGCAGAAGACUUGGGAUUUGCUGUUCCAGUUGAAUAUCUGAAACAAACUUUAGAAGAAGGAUGGAUUGUUAUUAAAACAAUGGUUGUAACAGUUCUUACAAUGUAAUCAGCUACACAGUUUUUGUUUUAUUUAAUCUGAUUCAAAAUUAUUUUGGCAGCAUUAAACAGAAAAUAAAAAAUUUGAUAAUUGGUCGAGCUUUCAGAAAAAAGUAAAGUUUUGACAUCAUUUUUGUUUCCAGAAGGGAAAUGAAAAACUUUGUAAUUUUAAUUAACUACUUAAUAGAAACAAGCGGGUCCUAUUUCAACCCAGAACUUUUGACCUGAUUCAGAAAUAUCUCUCACAGCGAUAUCAGUGAGUGGAAGUCUUGAAGAUUUUUCAGUAGUGUAAGAAAUAACUGUUUUUGACCACGAAUCUCUACGACUUCUACAACCAUCUUCAAUGGUGUCGUAUUGCAGUCUUUGAGGUCCCUUUGGAAGAAGUUCAUUAUCGUUCCA